CUCAGAUAAUAAGAGCAUCCAUCCCCUACCCCUUUCCCCUUCCCCCCUGAAAGUCUCUAACAGCUAUGGCGAUUCUCCCAGUUCCCUCAGCUACGUUCUGUACUUCAACUGCCGCUACUGUUAUUCCUAGGAAUUCACAUGCCUUUCCUUCUAACUCUCCGGCUGCUCUUUCUUGUUCAUCAUCAACGGCCCAGUCUAUUGCCGCGAAGCACUGCCGGAGAAUCCGCUUAGCCAUCUUCUGCGCGCAGAGGGCCAGUGGUAUGAAUGAAAUGUUGAAGGAGGAUAAGGCAUCUAGUUCCGAUUCGGCUGCUUCUACCUCUGCCGUAUCCCCUGCCGGAAACCACGAACUUCUCACAUUCUUUGGUGCUCGGACGGAAGAAGACCUACUUUCUGGUGUCCGGAGGGAAGCCGUUGACGGAGGCCUUCCACAGAGUGUUGCUCGGGGAAUGGAAGAACUUUAUGAAAAUUAUCGAAAUGCAGUUUUCCAAAGUGGGGUUCCUAAAGCAGAAGAGAUUGUCUUAUCCAACAUGGCGACUGUGUUCGACCGCAUUAUCUUGGAUGUGAAGGAUCCAUUUGAAUUCUCACCUCAUCACAGAGCCAUUCGAGAACCAUUUGACUACUACAUGUUUGUUCAAAAUUAUAUCCGUCCUUUGAUUGACUUCAGGAGAUCUUAUGUUGGAAAUACAUCACUUUUCAAUGAAAUGGAAGAUAAACUUAAGCAGGGUGAGAAUAUCAUUUUGAUUUCUAAUCAUCAAACGGAAGCUGAUCCAGCAGUUAUUGCAUUGUUGCUGGAGUCAACACACCCUUAUCUUGCUGAAAAUAUGAUAUAUGUGGCAGGAGAUAGAGUCCUUGUUGAUCCCCUUUGCAAACCAUUUAGUAUGGGGAGGAAUCUCCUGUGUGUGUAUUCGAAGAAGCAUAUGUAUGAUUUUCCUGAACAGGUUGAAAUGAAAUUGAAAGCUAACACAAGAAGCUUGAAGGAGAUGGCAGUGCUUUUAAGGGGCGGAUCAAACAUAAUAUGGAUUGCAGCAAGUGGUGGGAGAGAUCGACCAGACCACGUCUCUCGAGAAUGGUGCCCUGCACCAUUUGAUCCUUUGUCAGUGGAUAAUAUGAGAAGGCUUGUAGAACAUGCUGGUGUUACUGGGAAUAUAUAUCCAUUAGCAAUAUUAUGUUAUAACAUUAUGCCACCACCUCUGCAGGUUGAGAAAGAAGUUGGGGAGAAACGACUGAUAUCCUUUCAUGGAGUGGGAUUAUCUGUGGCCCCCAAAGUGGAUUUUCAUGCAGUCUCUGCUGCCACUAAAGACCCAGAGGAGGCUAAGGUUGUGUACUGCAGUGGCCUUUUUGAUUCAGUGAACCAGCAAUACAACGUGUUAAAAUCGGCGAUUCAUGGGAACCAAGGGCUGAAGGCAUCUACACCUACUGUGUCAUUGUCACAACCAUGGCAGUCGUAGUUUAGCAACAUCUACCUCUCAUAUCAGGUGUCACAUCAUAUCUAGAGUUUCUCCAUUUAGAUUUGCGGCGCUCGAGCACAACUGGGUACUAUGCUGAGUCAAUGGAUGUUUUGUCUGAAGCUUCAUUUCAUCCGGUUGUAGCUGUAAAAAAGAUGCAACUCAGUGGCAGUUACAUUUUGCCCUAUGCAUCAGAUGUGUUCAUGUACAAAUUAUAGUAUGCUGAGCAAAUUGAAGUUUUGUCAAAGGCUCAAAGCUCUCUAAUUGACAGGCAAUUAGUGUAUCAUUUAGCUAGCAACUUAUGAUUUGCUGCUGUUUUUUAACCAUCAGUCCUUGAGCCAGUAGAAGUCUUCCAGAACCUAUCUCUACCUUUUAUAGGUCAGCGCAAGGUCCCUCUCCGGAUUCCACUCGUGGGAAUUUACAGGGUAGGUUGUUGCUUUGUUCAUGUGUGGUCUUCGAAAACUUAGUGUUCUAGAAUUGAUCAUCUUGGGCAUUGUUGUGAUGAUUAGUAAACCAUGCCUUGAGUUUCCCACUCUUUCAAGAAAGCGACAUUGGUUUA